UCUUCGAAUCAUUUGGUUGGUGAGAUCCCAAAGGAGUUUGGGAAGAUGAAAAGUAUGUUGUAUUUGUACUUAUCUGAUAACCAACUUUCAGGUAUCAUACCUCUGGAGCUUCAAUUCUAUGAAUUCCUUGAAAAACUUGAUUUGUCUGGAAAUAGAUUGAAUGGGUCUAUACCAAAAAGUAUUGGUCAUUGGGCACACAUCCACUACUUGAAUCUUAGUAAUAACCAGCUUAGUGAGAAAAUUCCAUCUGAGAUUGGUAAAUUAGGUCAACUUACAGAACUUGAUUUGUCUCAGAAUUUGCUUACAGAAGAGAUACCAUCAGAAGUUUAAAGUUUGAAAAACCUGCAAAAAUUGAACCUUUCUCAGAAUAGACUAUCUGGUUCUAAUCCAAACGCUUUUACUAGUUUGCCUAGUGGGAUUGACAUCGACCUGUCUAACAAUGAGCUCACAGGUCCAGUUCCGUUUUGCUCUAACUUUGUAAAUGCAUCCUUACAAGGCAAUCUAGGUUUGUGUGGAAAUUUUACAGGACUAAAGUUUUGUGCAAGUCCAAUCUUGAACAAGAGAAAUGAUCCCUUACAUCAUCAACUCAUUCUUGUAAUUAUGCUCCCUCUUAUUGGGGUAAUUUUACUUGGUUUAUAUGUGUGUGGCCUCAUUGUUUAUAGAAAACAAAUGAUACAUUCUCCACAGAACCCAUUUGACGAAGAGGGCGGUGAUCAUUUCUCCAUAACAAAUUUUGAUGGGGGAGUAGUGUAUGAUGAUAUCUUGAAGGCGACAAAUGAUUUCGAUGAAGCAUAUUGUAUUGGGACCGGAGGUUACGGGGCUGUGUACAAAGCCGAGUUACAACCUAACAAUGUGGUAGCUGUCAAGAAACUUCAUUCAUCAUCUGGGAAUGGUGACCAUAAUGGAUUUCUUAAUGAGGUACGAGCAUUAACGAAUAUAAGGCAUCGAAACAUAGUGAAACUCUAUGGAUAUUGCUCCCAUGCCCGCCACUCAUUUUUGAUUUAUGAAUACCUUGAAAAGGGAAGCCUUGGAUCAAUCUUAAGAAGCAAUGACUUAGCAAAAGAUCUAGAUUGGUUGAAAAGGGUCAAUAUUGUGAAGACCAUAGCUAAUGGUUUGGCUUAUAUGCAUCACGAUUGCUCACCUCCUAUAAUUCAUAGAGACAUUUCCAUUGCCAACAUUCUUCUUGAUUCCGAUUAUGGGGCUCAUAUUUCUGAUUUUGGCACGUCGAAGCUUUUAAAGCUAGACUCAUCCAACUGGACCGCAAUUGCUGGCACAUAUGGUUAUAUCUCGCCAGAGCUUGCUUAUACAAUGGUGAUAACCGAGAAAUGUGAUGUAUAUAGCUUUGGAGUUGUUGCACUAGAAUUGGUCAUGGGAAAGCAUCCUGGAGAACUAAUCGCAUAUUUACCAACACUAUCUGAUGAUCAUCUUGUGCACGCAAAUGUGGGAGAUAGUCGGAUACCGCCUCCGUCAUCCCAAUCAGAGAAACAAGUUAAGAUUGUUCUGAGUCUCUCAAGGUUUCCUAUGAUGCACCCUGAUGAUACGUAUGCAAUUAAAUGCCUUCUUGUUAAGAUACUAUUGAUGAUUGUACUACUUAGGGAUGUAAAUUCAUCGAACGUUCAACGAACAGUUCGUGAACCAUUCGGCAUGUAG